UUUCCAAAAUAGUUUUCACAAGAUGUGUUUUUCUUAAGUUUAAUAGUUGGAGUGUUGACCUUAACUCGAACUCCAAGAUUUCUAUAAAUUCUAGGAGGUGCUAUAUAACCAUUAACCAUAUUUCUAAAGGGAAUUGGAUCCUCUCCUGUUCUUUAGUUGAGGGAUGGUUGGCACCUGGCAAUGUGGCAUAGUUGGUUGUAAAUAGGAUGGUGAUUUUGUUUCUCUCCUCUCUCCUCUCACCUUCUUUGUGAGGUACACAACAAUCUUUGAACUUCAUCGCUGCAACCGUCCCAAAAUAUAUUCCUUUUCCAUAGUCUUACCAUAAAACCACCAUUAUCAACCAGCAAAGUAGUACCGUCACUGUCCAUGGUGGCACAAAGCCGUUGCAAUCUUAUGAAAAACCCUAAAAAAAUAGUGAACCUUUAUGGAUAAUAGGUGAAUUUUAGUUUUUAGAGCUGAAAACUAUGUCCAUUAUAGUGAGUGAGAUCGAAUGAGGAGAGAGGAAAAUAAUCUUAAAUAACUGAAGAGUCUGUAUUUGAGUUAUCACUGGAUAGCAUCAAAAGGUUUUCACUAGCUGGGCUGUUGGGAAAGGUGGACAAGGAAAAAGAGAAGAAUUAAAACGUUGGAUAGUACUGCCAAAGGAUCUCUUAUUCUUUGAAAACCAGUGCCAAAGCAGUAUUACACUUAUUGUUACAAUUCUCAAAUUAAAUGUUUUAGCUUUUAGUGAUAAAUCUUUGUUGAUUUCUUCAAAGAUGGUUCGUUUACUAACAUAAAGUUUUCCUAUUUAUUCAAGUAGAAAACAUUACUUGAAAUUGAGUGCAAUAUUAUAGAAGCAUCAGGCUAGAUCCUUGUGAUCAGGUAUAUAACUGAUCGUCUGAUGAAUAAUUCUUUAACGAAAGUUCUAAGUCUUACCAUGCACUCUAUCAUAUAUGCCUUCUGUUUUUUUAUUCCACUCACUACCUUUGAUGUCUUCAAUCAGACUAGUGCGGAGAUUUAUCUGGCUGCUUAUGAAGCUCUGAGUUUUGCUCUUAAAGCUUCUGUCCCCAUGAUUUCUUCUUCAGCUGUCAAUUGCAUUCAAGACAUGAGUAAUUCGUCAGAUCCAGUGGCGACAAAUAGGCCUUUUCUUGAUUCCAUGACUAUAAGAUUUCUCAAUCAUAUAAAUGGUUUCCUUGCUGUCCAGCAAUUAGCACGGACAAGGAGGGCGGCAUCAAUGACCUGGAAGUCAAGUGAACAACUGACCAUGGUCACAGUAACAGGACCAAAGUCCAACUCAAAGGCAAAUAUUUAAGUUGAUUUAUUUACGGACAAGCAACAACUGUUUGUUAGAUGUAAUUCACAAUAUUUGCAC